CCUCCCGGAGCCGGAAGCGAGGCUCGUGGGUCUCCCUGGCGCUCUCUCUCCCUCAUAUGCGAGCGAAUUGUCCCUGCUGUUUCUUGGCGUCGAAACGUUCCGGGGCUCGGACCCGCCGCCGCUCCUGCCGCCGCCGCUGCCUCCUCCUGCCGUCGCCGCUCCGCGCCCUUCCCCUCCCGCUUGCCGCUUCUCCCUCCUCCCCGCCGCCGCCGCCACUUCUCCUCCCCCGCCUGGGCGCCGCCGCCGCCGCCUCUCCCCCACUCCCCGCGCGCUCUCUCUCAUCCCCUUCCUGGGACUUGGCGGCGGAGGAGGCGGCGGCGGCGGCGGAGGGCGGCGGCAGCAGAGGCCAAGGAUCCCGACCCGACCUUUCAGCGAGUUUCCUCCGGCCCGUCGGGGCCUUGUUAGCUGUUGGUUGACAGCUUAGGUGAUCCAUACAGUUCUCUUUGAGGAGCCAAAAAGCAGGCAGCUCAUGACUUCUGAUCAGGACACUAAAGUUGUGGCUGAACCGCAGGUGCAGCAAGUACAAGAAGUUAAGGAUAGUUCUCAUCUAGAGUCAGCCAAGGUUUCUGAAUUAAAUCCUAAUGCAAAAGUAUGGGGGAAUCACAUGGUACACGUGGAAGCAAGUGGUACUGAAGGUGGUGUGAGCAAAACUUGGGAAGAAAUAACAGAUCAUCCACCAGAUUCCUGUAAAGAAGCAUUAGAGGCCAACGGUGAUGGUGACAAAAAGCACCAGAAUGAAUCGUUAACAGAACAUCAGGAACCUUCACUAUCUGCUCCAUUAUCAGACCAAACAGAUAUGAACCCUUUGGCUCUAGAUCAUGCAGAGUAUGAAACUAUACAUGAAAACACUGAGACAGGAAGUAAAGAAGAGCUUCAGCCAGAAGGUCAAGAAGAUUUGCGAGAAGUGCUUAAAAAAACACUGGAGUUCUGCUUGUCAAGAGAGAAUCUUGCCAGUGACAUGUACCUUAUAUCUCAGAUGGACAGUGAUCAGUAUGUGCCAAUAAUGACGGUAGCUAAUCUUGAUCACGUCAAGAAGCUGAGCACAGAUAUGGAUUUGAUUGUUGAAGUGCUGCGAUCAUUGCCUUUAGUCCAAGUGGAUGAGAAAGGUGAAAAAGUCAGGCCAAACCAAAAUCGCUGCAUUGUAAUUUUACGUGAAGUACCCGAAUCUACUCCAAUUGAAGAGGUCGAAGCACUCUUCAAGGGCGAGAACCUGCCUAAGUUCAUCAACUGUGAGUUUGCCUAUAAUGACAACUGGUUUAUUACAUUUGAGUCUGAAGCAGAUGCACAACAGGCUUACAGAUACCUUAGAGAAGAAGUGAAAACUUUCCAAGGAAAACCAAUUAAGGCAAGAAUAAAAGCAAAAGCAAUAGCUAUAAAUACAUUUUUGCCAAAGAAUGGAUACAGACCUCUGGACAUGAAUAUCUACACACAACAGCGUUAUACAACAUCAUUUUACUUACCUCCAGUAUACAGUCCCCAACAGCAAUUUCCACUCUAUAGCUUGAUUGCACCGCAGACUUGGUCUACAACACACAGCUAUCUUGAUCCAUCGCUGGUCACGCCAUUUCCAAAUACUGGAUUUAUCAAUGGAUUUACAUCUCCUUCUUUCAAGCCAACUGCUUCUCCACUGACCUCCCUCAGGCAGUAUACGCCAAGAAACAGAAAUCCCAGCAAAUCACAUCUACGGCAUACAAUUCCUACUGCAGACAGAGGGACUGGAUUGUUAGAGAGCCCUACAAUAUUCAAUCUUUCUGCUGACCGAUUAAUCAACGGUGUCAGGAGCCCACAAACAAGGCAGCCAGGACAAAACAGAACACGGAUGCAAAGUACUACGAGCUACACAAAGCGAGAAGUAGGGAGCGGGCGAGUAGAAUCCACGGCUUCAGACUCCUCCCCAAGCUUAGGCAGGGGAAGAAAAAACUCUUACGGCUAUCGAAAAAAGAGAGAUGACAAGUUUACGAGAGGACAAACACAGUCUCCACCCCCUCCAAAGCCACCAUCUCCAAGUUUUGAGCUGGGCUUGUCCAGUUUUCCUCCCUUGCCUGGAGCUGCUGGCAAUCUAAAGACUGAAGACUUGUUUGAAAGCCGGUUGUCAAAUGUGAUUGUCGGGACAUCAAAGGAAAAAAACAUCAGUGUGGGUGUAAGUACAAACACUGUACCAUCCGGAAUUCCUCGUGAGCCUUCUUUGCCAGUUUCUUCUACUCUGCCAGGGACAUUCGAAAGAUCUCCUUCUCCAUCCCAAUCUCCCGAUGACCCCAAAGUUAUGGACAAACAGCAGAGAGAAACUCAAAAUAUUGAAAGACUUUCUUCUGUUCUUACUACUGCUUGUAAAUCCGUACAAGUUAAUGGGGCUGUUGUAGCAGAACUGCGGAAACCUAGUUAUGCAGAAAUCUGCCAGAGGACCACUAAGGACCCACCUCCAUUACAGUCCCCAAAAGAACAGAAGCCAAACACUGUUGGUUGUGGGAAAGAGGAGAGGAAGCCCACAGAAACACUAGAAAGAAGCAAAGAAUCACCUCCUGUGAAGUCUAAUCCAGGGCAGCCCAAAGACCAGCGGAGACCAUCUGGACGCAAGUCACCUCCUCCAGCCAUUGGGAAGCGUCUAACUAAAGAACAGAGCACCCCUCCCAAAUCUCCUCAGUGAAACUAGCACUUAGGAUGAAUUUCAAGAAGUUUUCACUAUGAAGUUACCCCAUGUUGCCACUCAGAGUACAAAGAAGGAGUUGCUGGUUAGAAGCUUGCAGGGGGUAUGAAGUAUAUGAAAUGCUUGCUAGGGUUUUUUUUUUGUUGUUGUUGUUGUUGUUAUUGUUUGUUUCUUUUUGUUUCUUUGUAAAAUAGAUUGUUCCUCUUCUUUUCUUGCAUCCCCACCAUCAAAUUUCCCUUGAGCAAACAGUCAACUCUGUCAGGGUUUAGUUAAUCUAAACCUUACGUUAGGUUGGUGCUGAACUUAAGAUGAUGCCUAAAAUCUUUUUUUUUUUUUUCUCCUUUAGAUGGAAGAUGCAUUUAUCUAAAAUCCAUUUUUUAUUAAGCCUCCGUGUGGCUAUGUGAAUACAAGCUCGCUCUAAUGAGUUUUUUCCUAACUUACUAGGCAGAACUGUGCUGCUGUAGUUUUUAAAUAACUGGUCUGUAAGUAUGAAUCUUCAAAAAAAAAUCCUGAAGACUAAUAAUAGCAGCUAAUACAUAGGGUGUAAGGCAGAACAGAUGUUUUAUAAAACAGUAAAACAAGUUUAACUUAACUUUUUCUUUUUAAAUUCCAGCUGCUGUAGCACAUCAGCAAACAGGCUAUACUUUUUUUAAGUUUAAAAAAUAAAACAUAUUCUAAUAUUUUAAAUUCCAACCAUUUUUGUUCUUGGCCCAAGGAGAACUUCAUCAAGAUCACCUGUGAGUGUUCUCUAAACUAUUUGUGUUGAUAGACUGCAAGCAAGUAACCAGUUUCUCGAUCCAAACUAAAAUUAUUUCUUGAAUUUCAGGAAAAGAAAAAAAAGCACAUUAUGAAUUAAACAAAUAAAUAUGCCCUUGUGCAUGGCAGAUGCAAGCUAAUGGCUGUUUUUCACAAGAUAGCACAAUAGCACUCUUGUGAUGGAGAUUUCAUUUUUUUUUUCCUUCUCUCAACCGAGGAAGCUAAUUUUGAACCCUUUUCUGGUUGAACCCCCGUGCUCUGUAUAAGUUUUUAAAACUGUGCUCCAAAUGCUCUUUGAAAGAGUUCAUAUCUUAAGCAGCCUGAGUGCUGACACCUUUCUGUAACUACCAACAUUGGCAUAUGGAUUUAAUUUUUUUUUAGUCCAUGAACUGAUGGUGUUUUUGUAUGUGUGUGCACGUACGCGGAAGGAAGAGAUUGCCCUGUGUCCUGCUUGGGGUGAGACUUGUCACGCUUGCUUACUUUAGAAGUGACAUGCUUUCUGAAGGACAAGGCUGCACUUAAAUUAACGUUUCUAAUAAAGUUGCUGAUAAAUUAUUUUUGUUUUAAAUACCUAAAGUUUUUCCUUUGAGGGUUUAAGCAGCAGAUGGUUCAGAUCAAAAGCUGUUCCUGCUGAGUACAGUUUAUUCCACAUACACACACACACACACACACAUACACACACACCGGAAGAUUUAUUUAAACAACUGAUUUUUUUUUAAAAAAAGAAUUAUUUCCAUCCAAUAUUUAAAGACUUGAAUUUUAUUUAAACUUGAAAAUGACUUUGCCUUAACUUUUGUAUAAGACAGCUUAGAAUUAUUGAAGUCUGGCCCUCUUACGGGUUAGCAUGGGGUGGCAUAUACAGAAUUACUCAGUUACAGUAUGUAUGUAUUGUCACUGGUCUUACUGGGUAAACACACUCUAGUACAGGUUGUAGCGGCAGUUUUUGUAAUAUACCUUAAAAGAUCUUAAGCAGUUGAUCUUUUUCAAAAUGUUGAAAAAUCUGUAAAUGGAAAUAGUCAAUACUGUAUUAAAAUGUGCACUUGGAAGUGUGUGCUUUUGCUUGUACAGGUGUAAAUAAUCAGAACAUAUAAAAAGGUACCAUUAAAAAACUGAUAAAAAUUAUUGAUAUAUUAUAAAUGUUGCUGUUGAGCUGGAUGUAGAUAAACUAAGUGUUGUGGUUUGAAUAUUACUUUAAUUCGUUUUUCCCUUGUUUCUUUUACUUUACUCUGAUGUGCUGAGCUGAGUCUGCCUCUUCACUGCAAAGGGGAAUGGAAAGAAGUCUGUCUUUAAAAGUCCUGACAUUUUAAACACUUUCUGGAAGUUUGCAUUUCAUUCAUGUGGAACACGGGUGUGCAGUGUAAAUUUCAAUUCUUACGAGCUGAAAUUACUAUUACUAUUAUUUUAAUGAAUUAGAAAGAAACAACAUUGCCACCAGAAGCUACCACCACAAGUACGCUGAACUACUCUUAGGCCAAAGUGUUAGUAAAGCUGGAUUUAAAUUUCCACGUCGCUACUUAAGAAGCAAAUAGAUAAAAAUUCUAGGGCAGUUGAUCUCCUACCAUAAGUUGCUGCUAUUCUAAUUACCCCUUAUCAAAAGAAGAACAAACAAACCAGCUUGCUCCUUGCACUGCAGACUUUAAAAUGGCAAGUUGAGUCUUGUUUGUUACUUCCUGAGAAGACACACAAGGAGAGAGUCAAAACCACCUUACUUACCAUUGGUGGGUUUUAACAGUGAUCCUUUCCCCACUGAGCAGUGAAAAGGGCAGCGAGAUGGGAGGUGAUUUAGGCCAGCUAUGAGUUGUCUUUGUUUGACUGCUGAGGGUGUGAAUAAAACAGCUGCAGACAAAGAGAGAAGUGGCCAUGACACGUGUAGAGCCGAUCAUCAGAGCUAGCUGAUACAAUAAUUUUUGCAGGUCAGUAGGUAGGCUGUAUUGUUUAAUGCAUUUGCUGCUGCUCUUUAUACUAGGCUAAUACACUGUAAUUCUCACUCUAAUAACAGUCUGUGACAAGAGUUUGAAACUUUACUGUGAUGGCUUUUUUUAUUAAAAAAAAAGUGUCAUGCCAAAUAACUUCUCUGGUAAUUUUUAAUAUUGUCACAUUCAAACAGUUCAGGACUAUUUAACAACAUGGGCUAUUUAUAUUUAGCUAUUCAGAUUGGGCCUUUUUUUUUUUGAAAAGUCUCCUAAAUUAUUGAAGUGCAGGUUAAAACAGGGAGAACCAAUUCGGAAUUGUGGGCAGGAAGGGGUAGGACUACUUUGGUGCUCCUUGUAUAGAAUUAUAUAGGUUCUUCUGAGUCUGUUUAUUCAAGGGAUGCAUUCAAAUAACUUUGUUUCUGCUUAUUUAACAUGUACAGUAUUUUUGCAUUAGGGUAUCCUAUCUACCCCCACUAUCCCUGCCAAUUUUGCAACUAGUCAGAGAAACCAAUAAACGGUCAAGCUCACUCUUUAUUUUUAUUCCUUAUUUUUGCUGCCUCUCCUCUGGAAUUUGAACCGGUUUUCGAAGAGGUGUCAUUCCUUGGGUGCGGUGCAUUGUCACAGCCACUGACUGACCAAGGGUUCCCACUCAUCUCUGUAUCCCUUUCAACAUGCUGCAGCUUGUAGGGGUAUGGGCCCAAAUCAGAUUGCUAGCAGCAGACAAUCAAAGGUUACUGCAAACUGAUAGCUGCCAAGUCAUUAAAGCAAAGGUGUAAUAGGGAGGCCGUUUUUUUUUUUCCCCUGAAGGUGGGUUUUUUGUUCUUCCGUUUAAGACUGGAAUCAAGCUUACAUGUAAACUAUUUGAUAAUUUAAGUUUCCUUUUGUGUCAUAAAAUGUACAACUGUCUAAAAAUGUAGGUUAUGAAAAAUAAAAAGAUUUAGCACUGUUGAA